CGUUCUUGGUCCGCCAUCUGAUCGGGUUAAUCCCAUCAUUGGUGCUUUCAUUGAGAGAAAACUGUGAGAUAAAGCUGUGAGAUUAUGGUCGGACGAAGGACGAGACGUAACACCGCUGCUUCCGCCCAGUCGACGGUGAGGAGUGACAACCCUGAACAGGGUAUGAUCGUUCCUGUCAAUGGGUUGGAAACGGCGUUGAAUAAUGUGGCUAACAUGAUGGCCAACAUUAUGGAACGGUUGGAUAAGGCUCUCCCUGGUCCAUCUGGGUUGGAUACGACCCCAAGCCAGGUGGCAUCUUCUAACCGCGAACCCUGGCAGCGAAUUGGCCGCGGUGGGAGCCAAGCGCCGGUACGGUCAUUGGUGGUUCUGGACGAGGACGAAGUUCAGAGCCAAGUCAGGUCCCAGCACCACAGCGUCUCACCACAGCGUCUGGGGCCGCCGGUACCGGAAGCGGGCGAAUUCCAGGAUCUGAGGCAACAGAUCCAGGAGAUGCAGAGGAAGAUAAACAGGGGACGAGUAUUCACUACCUGGACGAAUACUCCCUUAGCCCCGGAGAUCUUUGCGGAACCAUAUCCGCAGGGAUUGAAGAUGCCGUUCGUUAAGCGUUAUGAUGGGGAGUCGGAUCCCCAGGAACACAUAAACAGCUACGUCCAGGUGAUGAUUGCCGUUGAUGCCAGCGACGCACUGAUGUUCCGGUGCUUCGUGCAGACACUUGAUAGCAAGGUUGCGGAUUGGGUCAACCACAAUCCUGCCGGGUCGAUCCGGACAUGGGAUGAAUUGGGAUUGCGGUUCUUAGAGCAUUUUGCGGGGAACUGCCGUCCCAAGAAGCAUUUCACUCAUCUGGUUUCGGUGCGGCAGAAGCACGGAGAAUCCUUGAAGAAUUUCCUUAUCCGGUGGAGAAAAGAGUCCAGGGAGGUAGAUGGUCUCCUUCAUACCGAUCUUACAACUCAUCCCCCGGAUACCUUCGAAGAAGCAAUGGUCCGGGCCGGGAGGUACGUGACCCUAGAGGAGAGAAAGGAGGAGAAGAAAGAGAAGACUACUAAAGAAGAAGAGAAGGCUGGAAAUAAGAAGCCGUUCAAGAACAAGAAGCAGGGUUUCCCGGAUGGCCCAAAGGGCACAAGCCCUGGGACCUCGGAGAAGCACAAAUCCGCCAAUCCAGUCUUCACGUUGCCGGAGGUCAUGGCCCACGCUGCACAGCAGGGACUCAUGACUUAUCCAACCUAUUCUCAGAAGGUCUGCAAUGUGGAGGACACUGGAAAAUGGUGUGCUUACAAUCGCAAGAACGAUCACAACACAGAGGAUUGCUAUACUUUGAAGAAUGAGAUGGCGAGGCUAAUCUGCCGGGGCCAUCUGAAGAAGUUCGUACAAGAUGGUGAUGCGGGAAAUCCCUGGAAUGCUCAGAAUGGGAAGCGUAGAGAUAAGGAGGUGGCCCAGGUUGAGGCCCGGGAAAAACGCCACAUCGGGCUUGAAGAUGAAGAGGAGGAUUCAGAGCUCGCACCGCACCGCCAGAAGAGACACCACGAGUGUAACUUCAUCAUCGGAGGGAAUACUGGCGGAGACUCAGCCACAAGCCGGAAGAAGUGGGCCAACGCGGCGAUGGUCAAUAAGCUCUUACGGGCCGAGGAGAGACGUCCCAGAGUAGAAGUUGCCGGCGACAUUGAGGAAGUUGAACUGGAGCCGGGCACGCCGGGGAGGUUAGUCAGAAUUGGCAAGGGCCUGGGGGCUGAACUCAGAUCACGAGUGAUCUCAGUCCUUAGAAGGUUCAGGAAGGUCUUUGCAUGGAGUCUAGCUGAUAUGCCAGGGCUAGAUCACAAGAUUGCAGUUCAUCGCCUUAAUGUCCUGCGAGAUGCUAAACCGGUGAAGCAGAAGCGAAGGCAUUUGUCGCAGGAAAGGAGAGAUUUCGUGAAGAAGGAGGUAGCAACCUUGCAGAGCAUUGAUUGUGCCAUCAGUACUGUGAUUGUGAGGGAAGAGAAUGGGGCCCAACAUCCGGUCUACUACGUCAACAAGACCUUGAGAGAUGCGGAGUUAAGGUAUUCCCGUCCAGAAAAGGCCAUGUUGGUGGUCUUCUGGACGGUGAAGAGAUUAACCCCGUACUUUCAGGCUCACCGGAUUGUUGUGCUCACUAAUGAGCCUUUGGCGUCACUUACCCGGAGCCCGGCGGCAUCCGCCCGAAUGACCAAGUGGGCGGUAUUCAUUAGUCAGUACAGUGUGGAGUUCAGGCCGCGCCCAUCAAUCAAAGGGCAGGCACUUGCUGACUUCCAAGUCGAGUGUACUGCUAGGGAAAUGACGAGAGCACAGGCCGAAACCCGGGUAGAAGAUGACUGGUGGGUAAUGAGCAUCGAUGGAUCUUCGGGGUCUCGAUCCUGUGGAGCAGGUAUUGUUUUGAUUACUCCGGAAAAUUUCCGGAUAUAUUACGCUAUCAGAUUUCAGUUCCGCGUAUCCAACAAUGAAGCUGAAUACGAGGUCUUGAUCAACGGACUGAAGAUUCUUGGCAAGUUGGGAGUGUCCAGGGUUCAAGUAUACAGCGACUCCCGACUGGUGGUGGGACAAAUCACUGGGGAGUUUGAAGCAAAGGAAGAGAGGAUGAAGAGGUACCGAGAUUUAUCAUUGGAAAUGUUGGGAAGGUUCGAGUUUAGGCUUGAGCACAUACCCCGGGCUCAAAACGCGGAAGCUGAUGUUCUAUCCAAGCUCAGCGCAGAAUCACCAGAGUACAUAAGCAAAUUAGCAACUGUCGAGGAGCUGGCAACUCCGAGUCUCAACAGAGAUGAAGUGUCUUGGGUAUCAGCUGAUCCCCCGGAAUGGUUGGAUAGGUUGGCAAAAUACAUUGAGGACGGUGUAGCCCCGGAGGAUUCCCAAGAAGCCCGUUUGCUGCGAAUGAGGGCACCCACCUACAAGGUGCAGGAUGGAGUUCUCUAUAAGCGAUCUUACAACGGGAUAUUUCUGGCCAACGAUGAGGAAGGAUUGCGAAGAGUACUUGUGCAAGUGCCCAACUUGCCAACAAUUCCAGAAUAUGCCCGGGAGGCCAGCCACGAACUACACGCCCAUCAGCUGAUUCCCUUCUCAAGAUGGGGGAUUGAUAUUGUGGGUGCCCUGCCGAAAGGGGCUGGGCAGGCAAGGUGGAUUAUGGUGGCCAUAGACUAUUUCACCAAGUGGGUGGAAGCUGAGCCACUUGCUGGGAUAACUGGGAGGCAGAUGAUCGACUUCGUCGGAACCAAUAUACUUUGUAGAACAACUCCCAGGAGGGCUACGGGUGACACUCCUUUCGGCUUAGCUUAUGGUUUUGAAGCCCGGGCUCCCGCUGAGGCAGUGAUCCCUACCAGGAGAGAGAUAGAAUACGACCCGGAAGUGAACGAACAAAACCAAGCCAUAGAGCUAAACUUCGUAGAGGAACGGAGGGAUGAAGCACAGAUCCGGGCAGAGAACUAUCGUCGCCAGGUGAAAUCUUACUUUGACAGUAGGGUAAAACCAAGGGCAUUCCAGGUGGGGGAUUACGUUCUGAGGAAGCGAGAGAAGAGUCAACCAACUAAGGGUGGGAAGCUGGCUAAGAAAUAUGAAGGACCUUAUAUCAUCAAGGCCGUUGUUCGCCCAGAACCAUCAUUGAGAGACUUCAGCAAGUUUGGAGAAGCAGUCCGGCUUUCACGUGAAGGUUCCGCCUCGACAGUCGGCAAAGAACGCCCAAGUUUAGCCCUGCGCAUCCUCUGGUACAAGGCAAAGUCUUGGAGGGUCAUAGAGUCUCAGUCUAUCCUCCCGGAUGGAAGCCUGGGUGGACUAGGAGGAGAUGGUGCAGGAAGACGAGGUGUGGAUAAAGUCUUGAGAACUCGCCAGGACUCAACCCAACCAUGUCGUUGGAUUGAGCCGGAGAGGCGGAGAAAUCAUCAUCCGAAGAAGAUGUCCCAGAAAGGGUUAAGUCGAUGACGACUUUACUCUGAGAUUUACUUGCCGUGGCGAAGAAAUCAGAAAGGGAUGAACUAGCAGCAAACCAUCCUUUCCCAUUUAUAGUGAAAGGGGAAGGGAUAGUUGGGAAAUAAUGAAUAUGGUUAAAAGAU